AAAUUUUAUCAGGUUUUCGACGCACGAGUGUACGCAAGACCUUGACAAACGACGAUCUCACCAGACUCAAGUCACGUUUCAUGAAUUCUUGGUAAUUCAGAAGCAAUGGAUAGUCAGGUUGCCCGAGACGGUCGUCUUAUGGAGUUGGUGGAUGAGAAGUGGCGAGAGGACAAACUCCCAAUGGAAGAGGUGGCUGUGCCUCAGUUGGAACUCCCUGAAAUAGAACCAGACAAUGGACCAACAAACGAGACCCUGAAGGAACAGGAACAAAAAUGGACGGAUCUGGCUCUCUCCUCAUUGCAUGAUCAACCACCUGCUACCACCAGUAACUGAUAUCUCACAACAGCCGCCUGCUACCACCAGUAACUGAUAUCUCACAACAGCCGCCUGCUACCACCAGUAACUGAUAUCUCACAACAGCCGCCUGCUACCACCAGUAACUGAUAUCUCACAACAGCUGCCUACUACCACCAGUAACUGAUAUCUCACAACAGCCGCCUGCUACCACCAGUAACUGAUAUCUCACAACAGCCGCCUGCUACCACCAGUAACUGAUAUCUCACAACAACUGCCAGCUACCACCAAUAACUGAUUUCUCACAACAGCUGUCUGCUACUAUCAGUUACUGAUAUAUUGCAACAGCCGUCUGCUAUCAUCAGUAACUGAUAUCUCACAACAGCCACCUGCUACCACCAAUAACUGAUCUCAUGUUAUUCCAGUGCUGGCUGUCAUAAUCUCUGGUGUCCAAGAAAAUCAAGACUGGUGAAGUGUUAAAUGACUUUAGUUUUUGUUAAGCAUUGAACAAUUAUUUUUUACCAACAGAGACUUAACUAAGUCUAUGCAUCUGCCAGUAUACAAUUUCAUUUAGAGACUAAUGUGUAUGAUUUUUUGAGUGAAGGUGAAGGAAUGAAAUAAUAUGGUGAAGAGAACAGACUGAAGUCCUACUUACAGAAGUUUUAUAGAUGUGUUAUAAUUCUGAGAUAAAUGUAUCAAUGUUAACAAGUCA